AUGAACAAGAGAGCCGCACCAGGGCUGAACGCAACAACCAGCCCCCCCAAGAAGAGAAAGACGGACAAUGUGCAAAAGUUCUACGCAGUCCAAGCUGGGUUCCGCCCCGGCGUGUACAUGACCUACGCUGAGUGCUCGGCCCAAACAGCCGGUUUCAAAGGUGCCGUCUUCAAGUCCUUCACCUCGAGGUCCGACGCGGAGGCCUUCGCGGCGGGCAAGAAGGUCGCGGCGUCUUCCGACGAGCCGGAGAGGUUCUACGCCGUGGCUGUGGGCAACCCGACGGGCAUCUACACGGACUGGAAUGAGGCGGCACUCGCUAUCAAGGGCGUCAAGGGCCCCAAGUACAAGCGGUUCGGGACGCGGACGGAGGCGGCCGUCUACAUUAGGCAGUUUGGCAGCAGGGAGGCCGUCGAGGCGCUUGGAGAGACGUACGCUGCGGCGGCGGUUGACUCGGGCCUGACUCCGACGCUGGUGGCAGGCCCUGCGAAGAAGAUGACGUCCCGGGCGGCCGCGAAGAAGGCCGAGCCGGGGGUGCAGCGUCCGGCUGAGGACGUCUUGCAAAUCUACACGGACGGCAGUAGCCUCGCGAACGGGAGGGCCGGGUCCAGGGCGGGCGUGGGCGUCUACUUCGGGGACGGGGAUGUCCGGAAUGUCUCUGAGCGACUGGCCGGCGACCCGCAGACUAACCAGCGCGCCGAGCUGAUGGCCAUGCUUCGGGCGUUGGAGAUUGCCCCCGCGGAGCAGACGGUGCAGAUCAUCAGCGACAGCCAGUACUCGAUCAACUGCGUGACGCAGUGGGCUCUUGGGUGGAAGCAAAAAGGGUGGAAGACGGCAACGGGCGAGAACGUCAAGAACCAGGACAUCAUUAGGGCUGUGCUGGACAAGAUGGAGGAGAGGACCAAGGCCGGUGCCAAUACCUACUUUCAUUGGGUCAAGGGACACGCGUCGGACAGAGGAAACGUGGCCGCUGACAGAUUAGCUGUGCGAGGAGCAAAAAUGACGUGUUGA